AUGGCCUCUUCUUUAUUUACGGCCAUCAUCACCACACUCGCGAAGUUCGGACUGCCAUCGUAUACAUCUCCACCCAUAAAAGACUUUUCCUCGAUAGAUACCCUCUCUUAUGAUGCAGCUGCUUCUAAGACGGACCGCCCUCUCGUCACAUACGUGUACAGCGAAAGCAAAGAGGCGCGGCGGAACCUGCAAUUCUUCAUCGCCCAUGGGCUCCACGCCGCAGCAGACUUUGUCUUCAUUUUCAAUGGCGAGACCGACGCAGACUCUCUAGUCCCCGAUGCCCCGGGAAUCCGAUCCGUCCGCCGGCCGAAUACCUGCUACGACCUCGGCUCGCAUGCUGAGGUUCUUUCGAAGGAUGACUUAUGGCGACGGUACAGCCGGUUCAUAUUAAUGAAUGCCAGCGUGCGCGGACCAUUCAUGCCAACUUGGGCUGAUGGUAUCUGCUGGACGGAGCGAUUGCUGUCAAAGAUUACACGCGAGCUUGCCGGUAUCUCGAUCAACUGCUGGCCAACGCCACACGUACAGUCCAUGGUCUGGGCGACGGACAGUGAAGGUCUUUCUCUUCUAUUGCACCCACCUGCAACAAGCCCACGGCAUGACGAAUGGAUGGAAAUACUCUUUUCGCACGCAGAUGACUUCCCACGCCCAGACGACUACCAGCCGAGCGGCCCUGACUGGUUCGAGAAAGGGCUAUCACAAUGCUUCGCCAAUCGUCAGGAGGCCGUGCAGGGCGAGAUCUCAGCCACAGGCAUUAUCCUCGGCGCUGGCAAGAAGGUAGACACCCUUCUCACUCAGUACCAAACCUCGCGGGAGCAUAAUGCCACAUCAUUCUGUGAGCCGCUUGGAGCAUGGGACCCUCAAGCGGAGGGUAAUUACGGCGGUGGGAGCAUUCAUCCCUUCGAGACGAUGUUCAUAAAGACCAACAGGGGACUCAGCCCGGAACUCAUUGAGAGUUUGAGUGGCUGGACGGAUCAGAUGGAAUAUUCCAGUUAUAAACAAUGCUCAUAG